AACCUCCUGAUAGUUGUUACGAAAAGUUCAUAGCACCAUGAGAAUGGUUGCAUUUAAUACUAUAAAUAAUGCGAAACAUCGUCGAAAAGGUAUCAUUGUAUCUUCUACUGUUGGUGAGCUAAAAUCUACAUUUCCAAACCAAAAAAUGGCUUUUAAGAUCGCUGUUCUGUUUGCCUGUCUGGCCUAUGCCAGCGCUGGAUAUCUGGAACCAGCCACUACUUACCAUGCUGCACCACUGGCCUAUAGCUCGCUUCAAUCGUCGGCUCUGUCCUACGGAUACAGUUCUCCUAUUGCCCAACAUACCUACGCUGCUCCGAUCGCUCAUCAGACUUAUGCUGCCCCAAUUGCUCAUCAAACAUACGCCGCACCAAUUGCCCGUACCUAUGCUGCUCCAGCUUUGUCCUACGCUCAAAGCUAUGCUCCAGCUCUGUCCUACUCAGCAGCCCCAGCUCUGACCUACUCGGCUGCUCCAGCUGUAUCCUAUGCUCGUAGCUACGCUCCAGCUCUGUCUUACUCAGCUCCACUGACCUCCACCAAAACCCUUGCCAUCGCCCAGCCAGCCAUCGCUCAUUCUGCUCCUGCAGCUCUGACCUACUCUGCUGCUCCAGCCUUGUCCUACGCUCGCAGCUACGCUCCAGCUCUGUCCUACUCCGCCCCAUUGGCCGCCAAGACCGUUGCUAUUGCUCAGCCAGCUGCCAUUGCUCAUGCCGCCCCUGCAGCUUUGACCUACGCACCAGCCCAUGCCACCAGCUACACUAGCUCCUUCAUGAAGUACAACAGCCCAUUGAUCGCCUAUGCUUAUUAAGUUUUAGAGAUAACAAUUUGUUGAAUAAACAAAGUUUUGAUCUAUAUUCCAAA